CGGCGGCAUUUGCGUACUACUCCACUCCGGAUCAGGCCUGAAGCUUUUGAAUAUUGCAUUGACCACCCCAGGGAGCGAGUAGAGAGAUGGGCAGGCAGAUACUCUACAAAACACAAACAUGCAUGCAGACGCAGACCAUCAUCAUGUGGCAAUCCUUGCUUGCCGUUGCUGCUGGUGGUAGUACUCCAGACUCCAGCACAUUCCAUUCCAGCUAGGCCAUAUUCAGGCGGCGGCACCGCACGGCAGGAGCAGGGGCAGCCGGGCACUGGGCAGGCCAUCCAUCACGUUGCCCCCCAGUAUUCUAUUGGGUGACUGUACCCUCCUCCUCUUGCUCCUUUUUCCGACUCUUCUCUCGCAACGCGCGCUCUCUCUCUCUCUCUCUAUUAGCAGCAGCCACAGCCCAGCCCACAGCCAGCGGCUGCCGUGUUGGUGUGGUGCCUGUCUCUCGCGGUGCGGAAAAGAGAGAGAGAGAGAGAGAGGAGAAGGAGAAGGAGAAGGAGAAGGGAGGAGAGAGAGCGGCAGGGCCGGCAAUAAAUGGCAGUUUAGGUGCGCGCAGGCUGAUGGCGGCGUGGCAGGUCCUCUCUGUCGCCUCACCGUCUUAACUCCGGCCGCACGCCGGCACCACAAACCACACCGCUCGGCUGCGAGCACGCAGGUUUUUAAUCCGUCGCAGAGCGCGGGGCAUGACUUGAGCACGCCGCCCAGAGCACAGACUACGAGCAGCAGCCAGCAGUCUGUAGAGCGAGCGAGGGGAGGCGGCUCUCGUUGCGCAGAGCUUCACCUUCACCUUGCCGGGCACGGCGCACGGCACGGCGGCCUAUGGAUUUGGGCGCAUGGCGGGGUUCCCUCUAGGUGGAGGAGGCCACAGCCGCGAGGCCCCCGCGUCGUCCGUCCCGCCGGUGCACCCUUCCGACGCCGCGUCCUUCCUCUACGCCGCGCGCGCGGGGGCCGGACUGCAGCUAUGGCAGCAGCACGAGCAGCAGCAGCAGCAGCAGCAGCACCCGUUCUACACCUCCAACAUCAUCCGCUUCUCCGAUGACCCACCACCCGGCGCCGCGCCCUCGCUCACGGGCGGCGCCGCGUCGUCGUCGUCGUCGCGCGGCACCAGGGGCGGCGGCGGCGGGGGAAGCAGCGGCGGGGUCAGCUGCCAGGACUGCGGCAACCAGGCCAAGAAGGACUGCGUGCAUCAGCGCUGCCGCACCUGCUGCAAGAGCCGCGGCUUCAACUGCGGCACCCACGUCAAGUCCACCUGGGUCCCCGCCGCCAAGAGACGCGAGCGCCAGCAGCAGCUCGCCGCGCUCGCGGCCUCCGCCGCCGCCACAACAACCCCGGGCGCCGGACCGUCCCGCGACCCCACCAAGCGCCCCCGCGCGCGCCUCACCGUCGCCACCCCGACCACCUCCUCCGGGGAUCAGCAGAUGGUCACGGUCGCCGAGAGGUUCCCGCGGGAGGUGAGCUCGGAGGCGGUGUUCCGGUGCGUGCGCCUGGGGCCGGUCGACCAGGCCGAGGCGGAGGUCGCGUACCAGACCACCGUCAGCAUCGGCGGCCACGUGUUCAAGGGCAUCCUUCACGACGUCGGACCUCACGGCCUGCCUGCCGCUGCAGGCGGCGGCGUCGGCGCAAUCGAGUACCACUUCCGCCACGCCGGGGACGGAUCGCCGCCAAGCACGACAGCCGCUGGCGAUGCCGGCGGCGGCGGUGGCUUGGGCAAUGUCAUCGUGUCAUCGGCUGUGGUGAUGGAUCCGUACCCGACGCCAGGACCCUACGCCGCCUUCCCGGCCGGCGCGCCCUUCUUCCACGGCCAUCCGAGACAGUGAUCACCGCCGGCGGCUCGCUCGGCAGCAGCUAGCCGUCUCGCCCGCCGUGUAACGACAUCACGUCUUCCAUCUCCAGCUCGCUCGAUCUGUCAAUUUCCUUAGCUUCCUAAAUUCUUAGCCUCUUAUUGAGAUGCAUAAAUUCAUGUUCCUUUCUAGAGCCUAGCUUAGCUUAGGCGCGGGUUAGACUUGUUUGCUUCUUGGGAUCAUUUGAUGGGGUGAGUAGCAAUAUACUCAGUCGCUGCAAAUGGCUAAAAUCUGACAGUUAGGGGACCUUGAUGAGACAUUUGAGAUGGUUUUCUUUCACUGUUCUCGCUGAUGGUUUUGUGGUGAUUCUUGUUGGUGUGUU